UACUCUGGCUCUUAACGGUUGAUACACUCAACACCCAGCUUCUGCUAUAUAAAGUGAGGGAACCUUUCCAAUUUUCCAGACGGUAGACACCCAGCCAAUUCUAGUUAACUCCAAAGCAUUCUUGCAUGAGUUCUGCCAUAAAAGAAGAAGAAGAAAAAAAAGCCGUCUUUGCAUCUGCCCGUCUCAGCAAAUUCAAGGGAAUCUGAACAAAAAUCAAGAAGGGUUUACAUUUGAGUUUCUGUUUGUGGCAAAGGGUCCACAGAUGCAAGAUAAAUCUGAAUCUAUUGUCAUUGGAGAAGAAAAGGUCAAGAAGGAAGAAUUGCAUUUCAAAGUCAAGACGAAGGAUAUGGAGCCAAACCAUGAGAAGGGAGAGAAGGUUGAGGUGGAACUUGAAUUGAAGACCAAAUCAGUAGAGAAGGAAAAGCCAAACCAUAAGGAGGACAAGGAGGAUAAACAUAAAGACAAGGAUGAGGAGAAACUAAAGAAGAAGGAUAAAGAGUUAAAGGAGAAAGAAAGGAAGACGGAAGAUGAUGAUGAAAAGCAGAAGAAGAGAGAGGAAGGUGAGGAAAAACCAAAGAAGAAAGACAAGGAGAAAGAGAUAAAAGAAAAAAAUCAUAAGGAUAAAGAGGUCGUAGAGGAAGAUGAAGAUGAAGAGAUAGAAGAGAAGAAAAAUGAAAAAAAGCACAAGGAUAAAGAGGUUGAGGUAGAGGAAGAUGAAGAAAAAGAUGAGAAGAUGAAGAAGAAAGACAAGGAGGAGAAGGAGAAAAAGAAAGAAAAGAAGCACAAGGAUAAGGAGCAUGAGGUAGGAGAAGAUGAAGAGACAGAAGAUAAGAAGAAAAAGAAGAAAGACGAGGAGUAUAAGGAGAAAAAGAAAGAAAAGAAGCAGGAUAAAGAGGAUGAGGUAGAAGAUGAUGAAGAGAAAGAAGAGAAGAAGGAGAAGAAGAAAAACAAAGAGGAGAAGGAGAAGAAGAAAGAAAAAAAGCUGAAGGAUGAAGAGGAAGAGGGAGAGAAAGAAGAGAAGAAAAAGAAAGACAAGGGGGGGAAAGAGAAGAAGAAAGAAAAGAAGCAGAAGGAGAAAGAGGAAGAGGUAGAAGACGAUGAGGAUGAAGAAAAAGAAGAGAAAAAGAAAGAGAAGAAGAAAGAAAAGAAGGUUAAAGAGGAUAAGGUAGAAGAAGAUGAAAAUGGAGAAAAAGAAGAGAAAAAGAAAGAGAAGAAGAAAGACAAGGAGAAGAAGAAAGAAAAGAAGAAGGAUAAAGAGGAUGAGGUAGAAAAAGACGAAGAAAAAGAAGAUAAAAAGAAAGAGAAGAAGAAAGAAAAGAAGAAGGAUAAAGAGGACGAGGUAGAAGAAGAAAAAGUUGAAGAAAAAGAAGAGAAAAAGAAAGACAAAGAGGAGAAGGAGAAGAAAAAAGAAAGAAAGCUCAAGGAUGAAGAGGGAGAGAGUGCAGAUGUUGAAGAGAAAAAGAAGAAAGAGACAAAGAAAGACAAGGAUGAUAAGGAGAAGAAGAAAGAAAAGAAGCACAAGGAUGAAGAUGAGAGCAUUUUGAGAAAGAAUCAGAAGGUGAAGGAGAGGAAGAGAAGCAGAAGGGUAAAGCAAAAGAAGGCAAAGAGAAAGAAAAGAAAAGACAGGAAAGAAAAGGAGAAGAAGAAAGAAAAGAAGCACAAGGAUGAAGAUGAAGAGGUAGGAGAGAAGAAGAAGAAGAAAGAGAAAGAAGAGAAAAAGGAGAAAAAGAAAGACAAAGAGGAGAAAGAAACAAAGCACAAGGACGAAGAGAAGAGCAAGAAGAAAGAAACUGAUGAGGAGGAGAAGAAGAAACACAAAGAUGGAGCAAAUGACAUGAAGUGUGAGACUGACAUAACCUCCAGGGAAAUUGAAAUAGUAGAUUUUGAGAAAGAAUCAGAAGGUGAAGGAGAGGAAGAGAAGCAGAAGGGUAAAGCAAAAGAAGGCAAAGAGGAAGAAAAAGAAAAAGACAGGAAAGAAAAGGAGAAGAAGAAAGAAAAGAAGCACAAGGAUGAAGAUGAAGAGGUAGGAGAGAAGAAGAAGAAGAAAGAGAAAGAAGAGAAAAAAGAGAAGAAGAAAGACAAAGAAGAGAAAGAAACAAAGCACAAGGACGAAGAGAAGAGCAAGAAGAAAGAAACUGAUGAGAAGGAGAAGAAGAAACACGAAGAUGGAGCAAAUGACAUGAAGUGUGAGACUGACAUAACCUCCAGGGAAAUUGAAAUAGUAGAUUUUGAGAAAGAAUCAGAAGGUGAAGGAGAGGAAGAGAAGCAGAAGGGUAAAGCAAAAGAAGGCAAAGAGAAAGAAAAAGAAAAAGACAAGAAAGGAGAGAAAAGAAAACUUAAGGGGAAGGACAAGAGUAAAGAUCUUAGCAAGCUAAAACAGAGGUUAGAGAAAAUCAAUAGCAAAAUUGAAGCCCUACUAGAGAAAAAGGCAGAAAUCCUGAGCCAGAUUAAAGAAGCUGAGGGCAAGAGCGGUGAAGUUGCUGAGUAAGUACAGAUAUGGACUUACUCUGGCAUAGCACUAUGUGAUAGAUGUUCUCCAUUUCCAAUCUUUCUCUCUAAUAAUAUAUAGUAAUGGGCUUAUACAUACUUUUAUCCCCCAAAGUUCAUAUAUCCAUCACUCUGAUGUAGCUACAAAUUUACAGUAUAGGAUAUGUAGAAACGCUAGAAUUACUUGAAUAUGACAAUAAUCAUGAGUUCCAGUCAGUAUUGAUGAUACUGUUGCUGUAAAGUUUGAUUUGUGAUUUAUGUUUUUAAUGUUUAACUGUA